AUGUUUACACAGCUGAAGGUGGCUGCUGCUACCACUGGCAGAACCACUCUUCAAGCCAUCCAAAAGCAAAACAAGGACCAGGCGCUUAUCAUGACGGCCCUCAAACACAAAACUAGAAGAACCAAAGAAACAAAAAAGUGGAUAAAAGACAGUGCUCAGAUCUGCAAGUCAGAGGUAACUUACCUGGGUUACUUACUGAAAGGGGGGCAACGCUGGCUAACGGAUGCCCGGAAGGAAACCGUCCUUCGUAUUCCCAGACCGCAGACACCACGACAGGUGAGGGAAUUCCUGGGGUCAGCUGGGUUCUGCAGACUAUGGAUACCAAGGUUUGCUGAACUAGCAAAACCCUUAUACCAGGCAACAAAAGAUCACCAGCCCUUUAGUUGGACGGAAGAAGCCGAACAGGCCUUCCAGCAAAUCAAAACUGCCCUGCUAUCAGUACCUGCCUUGGGACUCCCCGAUGUUUCCAAACCCUUCCACCUAUAUGUAGAUGAGAGCCGGGGCAUAGCUAAGGUGGUGCUAACCCAACAUUUGGGGCCCUGGCACAGGCCAGUCGCUUCUAAGAAGUUAGAUCCAGUGGCCGCCGGAUGGCCACCCUGUCUCCGGAUCAUUGCAGCCACUGCCCUGAUGGUAAAAGACGCUGAUAAGUUGACCAUGGGCCAAGAACUACAAGUCACCACCCCGCACGCCAUCGGAGGCAUCCUCAAACAGCCGCCUGACCGAUGGCUGAGCAAUGCCCGACUCACUCAUUACCAGGGACUGCUACUGAACCCCCACAAGAUCAUCUUCACCCCCCCCCCGACGGCCCUGAACCCAGCAUCACUGCUGCCAGAUCCAGACAUGGGGACCCCACUUCAUGACUGCAGUGACAUACUGGCACAGGUUUAUGGGAUUCGAGAGGACCUGCAGGAUCAGCCAUUAUCAGACGCAGACGCCAUCUGGUUUACCGAUGGAAGCAGCUUCGUUCACCAAGGACAAAGGUAUGCGGGGGCGGCCAUGACUUCAGAGACCGAGGUGGUGUGGGCAGAAGCUCUACCCCCCGGAACCUCGGCCCAGAAGGCUGAGCUAAUAGCCUUAACCCAGGCCCUAAAGUUAGGAAGAGAUCGCAAGCUAACCGUAUACACUGAUAGCCGAUAUGUUUUUGCCACCGCUCAUGUACAUGGGGCGAUACACAGAGAACGGGGGCUCCUCACGGCUGAAGGAAAAGACAUCAAAAAUAAAGAAGAGAUUCUAGCCCUACUAGCAGCCAUAUGGGAACCCAAAAAGCUAGCAAUUGUGCAUUGCCCAGGACAUCAGAAGACAACCGACCCAGUUUCCCAGGGCAACAAUUUGGCCGAUCGGACUGCAAAAAACAUAGCUCGGCCCCCAGCGCAAUUACUGACCCUACAGCUGCCAGAUCCCGGACCCCGGGAAUUGCCCCCCAAGAAGCUAGGAUGGCAGGUUCUAGAGCGGAUCCAUCACAGCACCCACCUAGGUUCCCGGCGAAUGUUAGAUUUAAUGAGACAGAGUGGACUGAGAAUCAAAAAUGUCUCCGAUAAGGUUGAUCAAGUAGUCACUAAAUGUACUGUGUGCCAACUCAACAAUGCGAGUAGUAAUCCUCAGACAUCAGGGGCAAGACAAAGAGGGAGCAGACUGGGGACCUAUUGGGAAGUAGAUUUCACUGAGGUAAAACCAGGAAAAUAUGGAUAUAAGUAUUUGCUAGUUUUUGUAGAUACCUUUUCAGGAUGGACCGAAGCCUUUCCAACCAAGAAUGAAACGGCGUAGAUUGUAGCCAAAAAGAUCCUGGAAGAAAUCCUGCCCAGGUAUGGUUUUCCAGUAAUGAUAGGGUCAGACAAUGGACCUGCAUUCGUCUCUAAGGUAAGUCAGGGACUGGCUUCCAUACUUGGGGUUGAUUGGAAAUUACAUUGUGCAUACCGACCCCAAAGUUCAGGGCAGGUAGAAAGAAUGAACAGAACAUUAAAAGAGACCCUAACCAAAUUGACCAUGGAGACUGGUGCUAAGUGGGUAGUCCUUCUCCCCUACGCUCUGUUCAGGGUGCAUAACUCCCCAUACAAACUGGGACUCACACCCUAUGAAAUAAUGCAUGGUAGACCACCCCCCAUCAUCCCUAACCUAAAAGAUGACCUUGUCAAAACUGAGAACGAUAAUGGUCUUGAACUCUUGCUCUCCCUACAAGCCUUGCAGAGGGUCCAUGAAGAUGUAUGGCCCAAAUUAAAAGAACUUUAUGAGACUGGAGCCCCGCCUAUUCCUCAUCAAUUCUGACCCGGGGAUUGGGUCCUCGUCAAACGUCAUCGGCAGAGACUCGAACCCAGGUGGAAAGGACCCUUCCAGGUCAUCCUGACAACGCCUACGGCCAUCAAAGUAGACAGAAUCGCCGCCUGGAUCCAUUACACCCACGCCAAACCGGUGGACCCGUUCUCAGACCUCAUCGGACCCUCAAAGACAACCUGGACUGUUGACCGGACUAAGGACAAUCCUUUAAAAUUGACCCUACGCCACCAACGGACUAAACCGUAA